ACGGUGAACACUCAUACCUCCUUUGUUUGUGGGCCGAUAUUAACGAUACAGGCCAUCAAGGACAAGACUGCGUGCGCGCAUAGAAAGUAUGUUUGAGGAGUUAAUACAGACCACGGAGCGAAUACGAUGAGCGUCAGUGAUGCAGUACAACUCGGAAUGCGCGACGACAUCACGGAGCUCAACGCGAGUUUCAUGCUCAAUAAAAGUGUGAACCACUCUUGGGUUGAAUCCCCGGAUCUCGCGGAGAGGAGCGACUUGGUGAGUGAUGGCUCAGCCGUGCUGCGCAUCCUCAUCUCCACUAUUUACUCAGUGGUGUGCGCGCUCGGUUUGGUCGGCAACCUGCUCGUGCUGCACCUCAUGAAGUCUAAACACGCGUGGAAAAAGUCAUCCAUUAACCUGUUUGUGACCGGGCUAGCAGUGACCGACUUCCAGUUCGUGCUCACGUUGCCGUUCUGGGCGGUGGAGAACGCGCUGGAUUUUACGUGGCCUUUUGGCAGGGCGAUGUGCAAGAUCGUGUCUUAUGUCACUGCGACCAGUAUGUACGCCAGCGUGUUCUUCCUGACCGCUAUGAGUGUGGCGAGGUACCGCUCCGUGGCGUCGGCGCUGAAGUGUGGACGCAGGCGCAAGCGUCCGUACGCGCGCUGCGUCAGCGCCAUGAUCUGGGCGACAGCAGUCGUGGCGGCGUUGCCACAUGCCAUUUUCUCCACCACAGCCACUGUAUCCAACGAGGACCUGUGCUUGGUCAAGUUCCCCGACCGUAACGGUGACGCGCAGUUCUGGCUCGGUCUCUAUCACGCCCAGAAGGUGCUGAUCGGCUUCCUGGUGCCUUUUGGGAUCAUCUCAGUGUGUUACCUGUUACUGCUGCGCUUCGUCACGCACAAGCGCGACAACGCGUCCUGCGCCAGGAGACGCUCCAAAGUGACCAAAUCGGUAACCAUAGUGGUGCUGUGCUUCUUCUUGUGCUGGCUUCCCAACCAGGCACUGACCGCUUGGGGCAUUCUGAUUAAGUUGAACGCCGUGCACUUCAGCUACGAGUACUACACCGCGCAGGUUUACGUGUUCCCCGUGACCGUGUGCCUGGCGCACUCCAACAGCUGCCUUAACCCGCUACUCUACUGCCUCAUGAGGAGAGAGUUCAGGAAGGCUUUAAAGGAGCUCUUCUGGCAGAUCACCUUGCCUUCCAGUACGAAUACGCGACCCUUCACAGCCUCCAGCAAACCAGAGCAUGAGAAACAGGUGCGCUCUGUAGUGCCACUCAGUGCGCCCGAGCCGGGCCUCGUCCUCUACCCACCCGGUGUUGUGGUGUAUAACGGAAAAAAUGAUCAUCUCCCGAACAGCACGUAGACUAUAUAUAUAUGUAUAUGUGUGUGUGUAUAUGUGUGUGUGUGUGUGUGUGUGUGUGUGUGUGUGUGUGUGUAUUAGGGUGGUCCCGAAAUGUAUGGGAAUUUUUUUUUUUUUACCAAAACAUUCUGACCACCCUACCAUUUUUUUUUUUUACAUAGGCUAAAAGAAGGCAACAAGCAAAAUUUCAGAAAAAUUGGUUAAUAUUUAGAGGUGCCACACGAGGUUGCAAAUCGGGUUAAGCCAUUAACAUUAGUUGGUGCGUAGACUGUUGCAGAGAAGAUCUCAAACCCCCAAAAAGUCACAGUUCUAGAGGGAAUAUGCCACUUCUAUGAAAAAGAAGAGGCAGGAAGAGUUUAUAGACUGAUAGAAGGUUAACUUUCAUGCACUAAGGGGUUCUUAAACAAUGAGCACUGAUUGUAAUAUGCUGAUGAAGUUGUGAAUGUUUUUCUUUCUAUGUUUUUCAGAUGGCUAGCAACAGUAAUACAAGUAGUACCGGUGGUGCAAAGCACAAAACCAGAAAGGAUAAUGUUUGGUUAAUUGGUCCCACUUCCAAGGAACUGUCUGGGAGAAAGCUUCCUUCUGCUAGGGAAGUCCUUCUUUUAUCUCCACAAGAUACCAUAAUACCGAAGGGUUUAGAAAAUCACAGACAAGUAAUAGCUAUUGUUACUCUGAACACAGGAAGUUAUAUUACUGUAUUGUUUGUAUUAAUAUGAAACAGUUAAUAAGCCACAUUAUUUUAUAUUGUGUCUUGAGUGAAAACUUUAAUGGCUUUGUGGCACCUCUAAACAUUGUUCAAUCUUAACCAAAUUUCGCACAAUAACUUCUUUUAGGCAAUGUAAAAAAAAGGUAAGGUGGUCGUAACAAAAUCCUAAAAAAAAAAAAAAUUGGGGACCACCCUAGUAUGUA